UCAGAAAUUUGGAAGUGAAAAGGUUGUCAUACACCAGUAUCGCAUUGUUGAGAGGGAGAGAGAGGGGGAAAGCGAGAAGCAAAGAUGGGGAAAGCAAAGAGCUCAAGGAAAGGAAAAAAGGCGUGGAGGGCUAAUAUAAGCACCCAAGAUUUUGAAGAUUUUUUUGAGAAGUCCACUAAAGAUACCCUUUCUGGCGGAUCUUUGGCCGACGCCCCCAGUGAUUCUCUGUUUUUCGUUGAUAAGUCCAGAGAUCUUUCUGUCAAGCGAAAGAUUGAGAAAAGUAGAGAAAAAGUACUACGUUGUGACAGUCUGUUGCAGAGAAACCCUUUUGUUAAGCCCAUUCCUUCCUCUGUACAGAAGAAGAAGAAAUCAAACAAAGCUGUUAAAUCUGUUCAAAAAGGCAAACAUGAAGAUGCUGUAGAGGGCGGUGCUAAAAAUGAGAGUGGACAUGAUUCUGGCAUGGUUGAUUUAUGGGAAGAUAAUGGAAAUAGUGCCAAAAUUAAGAAGAAACUUAAGUCUUCUGUUAUACCUGCUGUUGAAGUUGAACCUCCUGGAUGCUCAUUCAAUCCCGAACCCAAUAGCCAUCAGGAUGCGCUAGCUUGUGCUGUAGCUGAUGAAAUGCAGAAGAUUUAUCGACAUGAGUUGGGACCCCAGCCUAUUCCUUUGGUUGUUCCUGGGGAAGAAGUUGAUGAAGAAGAUAAAUAUUUCCUUGAGGCGGAUAGAAGUGAUGAUGAUGCGCAAGAUGAAAAUCGGACGGAUAACGAAGAUGAAGAUUUGGAGAAGAGGCCUCAUAAAACCAAAAAGGUAACUCGGGUCGUGUUGAAUCGGAGGGCUAGGAGAAAGGAACAAUUGAAAGCUGAAGCUGAAGCCAAGAAAAUUGAGGGGCUCUCAAAAGACAUAGACAGUUUACCCAAUAUAAUGCAAGAAAUAGCAGAAGAGGAUGAAGAGAAAGACAAGAGACAUUUGCGGCGAAUGAUUGCUAAACAAGAAAAACUGAAGGCUCAUCCACCUCGCCUUGGAAAGUACAAAUUUGAUCCUGCUCCUCUCCAAGUCCUGUUAUCUGAAGAGAAAACUGGAUCGCUUCGUCAGCUGAAGGGUUGUUGCACUCUAGUGAGGGAUCGCUUUAAGAGCCUGGAGAAAAGAGGGUUGAUUGUGCCAUCAAAGAAGAGCGGCAGGUUUGUACUAUUGUGCUUUUGUGACCCAACUGAUAAGGCCGAUUCUCCACUCCUCGCGAGGACGACGCGCCCUCCCAUUCGCCGUCGGCGAUCUAGUGACGUCAGAAAUAACACCGCUGUGACGCCGGACAACCAGAGAGUCCUCUACUGGUCGUCAGGCGCAAGGUCGUGUCCCCUGCUGGCCGUGGUCGCUGGCGAGAGCGGCCCUCCGAUUAGCGUCGUUCCACCUUGCCGGUCGUCGGCGUCGAUGUGGACGAGGACGGUGGCGUCGGAAGGGAGCAGCGGUCAGCGGACGAUGGCCGGUAACGGAUUUCAUGGCGGUGGUCGGGCUUCUACUCCCCGAUGGUCCGCGCCGUCGCCGACGGCGGCAGUUCUGCAGCUUGUCCGGAUGGUGGUGGAGGUCGUUGACGGAAAGUUGAGGCGGCGACCGACGGUUGUGUGUGAUUAUUUGAAGAAGAAUUUCGAGGUGGAUGCGAAGAGGCCAUCCGAGGAGGCAUUGAGGCGAUGGCGAUCGUCGGUUUGGCUCGUCAAAAACCCUCGUCGUCGCUUCAGAAUGGUCGCCGACCUCGCCAAGCGAGCCGAGGCUGACCGCAAACGCCACAAAAUCCAGGAGAAGAUCCGAAUAGCUCUGUAUGUGCAAAAGGCCGCACUUCAUUUUAUCGACGCUGUUCACCGAACAGAAAAAUAUAAGGUCCCGAACGACGUUAGGGAAGCUGGGCUCGGAAUCGGGUCAGAUGAGCUCACCUCAAUAGCACGUUCGCAUGAUUUAAAGUCUCUCGAAUCCCACGGCGGAGCACAGGGAUUGGCUAGAAAACUAUCUGUCUCCCUCGAAAACGGUCUCCCUGCAAGCCAAAUCGCGACAAUGCAGAAAUUUUUCGGCCAGAACAAAUUCGUCGAGAAACCUCCCAGACCAUUCCCCAUGUUUGUGUGGGACGCCAUGCAGGACCUCACCCUCAUCUUGCUAAUGGCAUGUGCCGUAAUUUCUGUUGGAGUUGGGAUUGCAACCGAGGGUUGGCCCAAGGGAAUGUACGACGGCAUCGGGAUCAUCCUCUCCAUUUUCCUUGUCGUGAUCGUGACGGCCGUUAGCGACUACAAGCAAUCGUUGCAGUUUAGGGACCUCGACAAGGAAAAACGAGACAUAAAAGUCCACGUCACCAGGGACGGUGCCCGAGGGAAGGUCUCCAUAUACGAACUCGUCGUGGGCGAUAUUGUGAACCUGUCCAUAGGUGAUCAGGUCCCUGCAGAUGGGCUUUUUGUGUCGGGCCACAGCCUGUCGAUUGACGAGUCCAGCCUGUCGGGUGAGAGUGAGCCCGUCCAAAUAGAUGAAAAACGGCCCUUUAUGCUGUCGGGCACAAAAGUGCAGGAUGGGUCGGGUAAGAUGCUUGUGACAGCAGUUGGCAUGAAGACUGAAUGGGGACGGUUGAUGGUCACCUUGAGCGAAGGGGGUGAAGACGAGACCCCUUUGCAGGUGAAGCUGAAUGGGGUGGCGACUGUUAUCGGGAAAAUCGGUUUGGUUUUUGCAGUUUCGACGCUUUUAGUGCUUACCGUUCGGUUGGUUGCUGUUAAGGGUAUGAAUGGCUGUAUAAGGGAUUGGUCGGUUAGGGAUGGUAUGGAUUUUCUGAAUUUCUUUGCUAUUGCGGUCACAAUACUGGUGGUGGCCGUGCCAGAAGGGCUCCCACUGGCAGUCACGCUUAGUUUAGCCUUUGCCAUGAAGAAGCUAAUGAAGGAUCGAGCUCUCGUGAGACAUCUGUCGGCCUGCGAGACCAUGGGGUCUGCCACCAGCAUCUGUACUGAUAAAACCGGUACGCUGACGACGAAUCACAUGGUAGUGACUAAAAUUUGGAUGUGCGGAGAAGAGAAAAUUGUUGAUGACAACAUUUUGGACACUUCAAUAUUAAUAUCUGAGAAUCUAACGGAAAUGCUUACGCAUGCCCUGUUUCUGAACACGGGGGCCGAGGUCGUGAGGGGUAAAGAUGGGAAGACAGAGGUAUUAGGUUCACCGACGGAGACGGCUCUUUUGGAAUUCGGCCUGCGGUUUCGGAUGGAUUCUGAUGUGUCGAGACGGGAUUCGGAGAUUAUAAAAGUCGAACCUUUUAAUUCGGUCAAGAAGAAGAUGUCAGUGCUCGUGGGACUCCCGGGUGGCGGCAGGAGGGCAUUUGUGAAAGGUGCAUCAGAGAUUAUUUAUGGAAUUUGCGACAAAGUUUUGGGGAGGAAUGGGGAAUCGGUUCCCAUGUCGGGAAAAGAGAGGGAAAAUAUCGUGAAGGCGAUUGAUAGUUUUGCCUGUGCGGCUCUGAGAACGCUUUGCUUGGCUUUUAAGGAUGUGGAGACAACAUCUGACGAGUCUGUUAUUCCUGAAAAUGGUUACACUCUGAUUGCAGUUGUUGGGAUUAAGGAUCCUGUGCGUCCAGGUGUGAAAGAAGCUGUCAAGACUUGUUUGGCUGCUGGUAUUACUGUUCGGAUGGUGACGGGGGACAACAUUAAUACCGCGAAGGCCAUAGCUAGAGAAUGUGGUAUCUUGACUGAUGAUGGUAUAGCUAUUGAAGGGUCCGAUUUUCGCGACAGGAGUGUAGAGGAAAUGAAGGAUAUCAUACCCAAACUGCAGGUUAUGGCGCGUUCUUUGCCGUUGGACAAGCACAAACUUGUGACUGUUUUAAGGAAAGAGUACAAAGAAGUAGUGGCAGUGACUGGCGAUGGGACUAAUGAUGCUCCAGCUCUCCAUGAAGCUGAUGUUGGGCUAGCCAUGGGUAUAGCUGGAACUGAGGUCGCGAAAGAAAGUGCAGAUGUCGUGGUAAUGGACGAUAAUUUCUCGACCAUAGUGAACGUCGCCAAGUGGGGCCGCUCAGUCUACAUCAACAUCCAAAAGUUUGUCCAGUUCCAGCUGACCGUAAACAUCGUGGCACUCAUGACAAACUUCAUUUCCGCAUGCAUCUCAGGUUCGGCACCUUUGACUGCCGUGCAGUUGCUGUGGGUGAACAUGAUAAUGGACACACUGGGGGCAUUAGCAAUAGCUACCGAACCUCCGCAUGACGGGCUUAUGGAACGGCCGCCAGUGGGGAGAAAUGUGAAUAUCAUCACCAGAGUUAUGUGGAGGAAUAUAAUCGGGCAAAGUAUUUACCAGAUGGCCGUGCUUGGGGUGCUCACCUUUGACGGCAAGCGCCUCCUGAGCCUUGAUGGCCCGGGUUCCGAUGCCACGCAUAAGACCCUGAUAUUCAACACCUUCGUUUUCUGCCAGGUUUUCAACGAGAUCAACAGCCGUGACAUGGAGAAAGUAAAUGUAUUCCGGGGCAUGUUUGGUAGCUGGAUUUUCGUCAUUGUCAUGGCCAGCACAGUGGCUUUCCAAGCUGUCAUGGUUCAAUUUCUCGGCAAAUUUGCCAAUACUGUGCCCCUCAGUUGGGAGCUGUGGUUGGUCAGUGUAUCUAUAGGCGCUGCCACCUUAGUUGUCGGCACUGUCUUGAAAUGGUUCCCAGUUUCUAUGAAGAACACCCAAAUCAUUAGACAUCACGACGGAUAUGAGCCAUUGCCUUCGGGGCCUGAACUCCCAUUUUUACUGUAUAAAGCCAUUAUUAAUAGCCUAAAGCCAGUUAAAAGUCAAGCUGCCCCAAAAAUUGUGAGUUUGAGCAUUUCGGAAGCAGCACAAGAGAACCAGAUUUCGCAAGAAUCUCAAGGAAGUCAUCAAAGCAAGAAACAGAAGCUGCAGCUGAAAGUGUGA